CUGCUGCUACUGGUAAACGUUUCACUGCAGAACACUCGCUCACUCACUCACUCCCUUCAUUCCUAUGUGACACCGUUAAUCGCCGAUCUUCCAGAAAUGACCGGAAGCGGAAGAACAACCGCUCGGAGCAGACUCCGAUCCUCCUCCUCCUCCGACGCCGCCGAUCCUCUCCGCGAACGGAGGCCCCGCCUUAACCGCCACGCCAGGAGCAAAUACGGCAGCUCCAUCCCGUUAUUCAACAAUACCAAUCUCAAAGUGGUUCUCGCUUUCAGCUUCCUCGCAUUCUUCCUCAUCUGGUUUCUGAUCCACCACCUCGUGAACUCCGUCGCCCAGCCUGGUCUUCCUCGCGAAGUCACGCCGUUUCCCGCGCCUAAGAUCAUGGACCUUCCUCAGUUUCAAGGUCAGCACAAGGAGAGUUUGUAUUGGGGAACUUAUCGUCCUCAUGUCUAUCUCGGAAUUCGUGCCAGGACUCCACAAUCAUUGAUUGCUGGAUUGAUGUGGAUUGGCGUGAAGGACGGAAGAUAUCACUUACGGCAUGUUUGCAAACAAGAAGAUGAGCUGAGUACUUAUGGUUGGAUAAAGCAUGAUGGACGUGAUUUUGGGCAUCAGGUACUGGCUGACCACGGCAUGACCUUGACUACUGAGUUUUUAAAGUCAAAGGGGGACGGAAGUGGUUAUGGAGGGGACUGGGCAGUUCGAAUUGGUGUGCAAGUUGAUAAGUCUAAGUGGAAUGAGGAAUUUGGGAGAGGCGCCCAGCUCUUUUUCUAUUUGGCUGAUGAAGGUGGUAAUGCUCUGGAUGUAAGUAGAGAAAACUUGAACAUUCACGAGAAUUCUUUACUUGCAUCUGGCUCUCGAGCAGACAUUGGAGAUUGGCAGCUACAUUUAAAAUCAAUGGAUAAUCUGGAAAUGCAUUAUUCUGGAUUUCGCACACCUCACUAUCACAAUUUGUCUGAUCUUGUUGAGGAAAAUCUUGCAUCGCAAAUAAGAAAGCAUACCAAACUGCAGCUAUCCGACUCAUCAGAUGAUUCUCCCAAUGUGUUAGUUUUUCAGAUUAUUGGUGGCUUUCCUUUCACGACAGAUAUUGUACUUAUCUCUGGAACUGAUUCCGAAAGUUCAAGAGUAGAAGAGCGUGUCAGCAGUCUUACAGGCACCUCACUCUCUAAUCAACUGAAAUACAAAGAACAAGCAUUUGAUGAAAAGUUCGAGAAAAUUUUUAAUUUGGCUGAGAAGGUGGAUUCAGAAUUUAUAUCUGUUGGUAAGGCUGCUGUCGGAAACCUUUUAGGAGGCAUUGGCUACUUCUAUGGCCAGUCAAAAAUUGCUCUGCCAAGAAUCCUUAAUCUUAGAGAACAUGUUAAUUAUAUAUCAUAUUGGCCGGCUGAGCUAUACACAGCUGUACCAAGUCGAUCUUUCUUUCCAAGAGGAUUUUUAUGGGAUGAAGGUUUCCAUCAACUUCUAAUCUGGCGUUGGGAUAUUCAUAUUUCAUUGGAUAUCAUUGGACACUGGUUAGAUUUGAUGAACGUUGAUGGAUGGAUACCACGUGAGCAAAUUCUGGGUGCUGAAGCACUGAGUAGGGUCCCUGAGAAAUUUGUUCCUCAGCAUCCAACUAAUGGAAAUCCUCCAACUCUAUUUUUGGCAUUAAAUGAUAUAAUUAACGGCUUGAAGAAAAAUGAAUUUGCUGCAAUUGAUAGAAAUGAGAUCUCCCUGUUCCUGGAGCGUGCCUUUGUUCGAUUAGAAGCAUGGUUUGAAUGGUUCAAUACAACUCAGUCAGGGAAACAGAUGAGCAGCUACUAUUGGCAUGGACGGGACAAUAGGACAAUGCUUGAAUUAAAUCCCCAGACACUGUCCUCUGGAUUCGAUGAUUAUCCUCGUGCUUCACACCCAAGUUCAGAUGAACGCCACUUAGAUCUUAGAUGUUGGAUGUUACUUGCAGCAGAAUGUAUGCAUUCCAUUAAAGAGUUGUUGGAUAAGGAAACCAAACCUGGCAAGGAUUAUGGUUCUACUGCAAAAUUGCUAUCUGAUCAUGAGUUACUGAACCAGAUGCAUUUUGACGAUACAUUUGGUGCUUACUUUGACUUUGGAAAUCAUACAGAAAAGGUUCAACUUAAAUGGAAAGAAGUGGAGACAGGACAGAAUUAUGCUGGACGCCAGCUUGUCCGUGAUGUUUUGGAGAGGCCUGUGCUGAGAUUCGUUCCUCACAUUGGUUAUGUUAGUUUGUUCCCAUUCAUGGGGAGGAUCAUUCCAUCUGGAUCAUGGGUUCUGGAAAAGCAGCUUGAACUCAUCUCAAAUCACAGCCACUUAUGGACGGACUUUGGUCUUCUUUCUCUUGCCAAAUCAAGUUCCAUGUACAUGAAACGCAACACAGAGCAUGACCUUCCAUAUUGGAGAGGUACAAUUUGGAUAAACAUGAAUUACAGAAUUCUUUCAGCUCUCCACCAUUACUCCAAAGAGGAUGGACCAUAUCAAGACAGAGCAAAAGCUAUCUACAAAGAAUUGAGAAGCAAUUUAAUUAGAAAUAUAGCUCGCAAUUAUCAACAGACUGGAUUUUUUUGGGAACAGUACGAGCAGGUUAAGGGCAAGGGAAAAGGGGCACAUCCAUUUACGGGUUGGACAUCACUUGUAGUAUUAAUCAUGGCGGAGACUUAUGGCACAAUUUAGAAUAAAACUCGGCGCGGUGACACACGAUGCUCCCUUCUCAUUGUUUCAUCCAUGAGUACCACUGAGGCAGUAAGUGGGGUACAACUUUAUAGUUGAAAUAUGAUUCCAUAUUUCCAUAGAACAUUUUAAUGUCUAAAGCCUCUCAAAUAUCAUUAUGAUGGAUGUGAAUUAGAUUCUAUGUGCUUGGUAAGAAAUCCUCAUAUAUUCCAUCCGGUUAGAAUACAGGGAAAGUUGAAUGGGGAACGCUUGCGCAAGCGCUACAAAUUCAUACGGCUGUUGCUUUAUAAUUUGUAUUAUAGGCAAUUUCUUUGGUACCCCUCAAAAUGGAAGGGUUUUAUACUUUUUGCUUUGAUUUGUCAUAAUUUCUUUUGUAACAUUUUUUAUAAAUUUGCAACUCAGUGUCUACCGGGUUAAAUAUCCCACUCUACAUUUGCGAUUUCAAUUUUUUAUGAUAAAUAAAAACAUAUUUCUUUUGGAAA